AUGAAGGUCUUUUACACCCUCCUGGUUGCAGCCCUUACUGGCGCUGUUACUGCUUCGCCUGUAGCAAAUGGUGGGUCGUACAAAGAUGUUCAAGGUAAUUAUCAUGAUUAUGAUGAUCAUCAGUGCACCAGGGUAGACCGCGAAUGCAAGAAGUGGGACUCCCGCGAAUGCAAGUGCCUUGAUAAAGAUAAACACAAUUACCGCCGGCAAACUGCAAGCAUCACCGCGCCGCCAACACCGACAGACACCAACGCGAACACCAACGCAAACACCAACGCAAAUGUUAACCAAAAUACCAAUGUUAACCAAAAUACCAAUGCUAAUACUAAUACCAAUGCCAAUGCCAAUACCAACCAGGCAACCACUGGACCUUCUUCAACUACAUCGGCGCCUACGACCAGCUCGACUUCAACUUCAACCUCGACUUCAACAUCUAGCCAGGCAACUAGUACCAGCGGCAACGCGAACGCCAACGCCAACGCCAACACUAACACCAACACCAACACCAACACAAAUGUCAAUGUAAACACCAAUAACAACGUCAACACCAACAUCAAUAAUAUUAAUAAUGCUGCACCCGCUACAGGUGGCGGAUCAACUGUAGGCGGAGUCGGCGGAGGCAGUGGCAACCCCUCUGAUUAUCGGUGCCACGGACAGUGGUGUCCCAACUACUUUCCAGGUUGUGAGAUCUGGGACUGGGAUCACUGCAGGUGUGGAGGCCGCUUCUGCAUCAAUUUCGACACCAACUGCCGCAACUGGGAUUGGGACGCAUGUUCAUGCAGAUAA